AUUACCCGUUCGGGUUUUACCCUAUCGGGUUUCGGGUACCCUAUGGGUUUUUAAAUAUAUAUAUAUAUAAUUGAAAGGACGACUUUUACCCUAAUUUUUAAGGAUUUAAAUGAUUGAAAUCAAAAAUUAGAUGUAUAAAUCAAAACAUACAAUGCCCACUAUUAAAUUUUGCACUCUCUAUAACUUAUUUAUUUACUUACAUUAUGGAUAUAGUAUAAAUUUGCAAAUUGAAAAUUAUGAAUGAUGAAAAUUUUAUUUGUUACUUUAUACAGAAAAUAAAUUUGAUAAUUGAAAAUUAAUCAAAUUUAAUACAAAACAUGAUUAAAAUUAAAUAUUCAAUACAUAUAAAUUUAAGUUAAAACUAUAAAACUUUAACUAAAAAACCACAAAACUCAAAAAAGAGUUUUUUCGGGUACCCGUGGGUAACCCUAAAGUUCUAGGGUUUUUCGCGAGUUACCCUAAUAGUACCGGGUUUUUUUCGGGUUUUAUAGUUUAGGGUAUUUUCUGGGCGGGUUUAGUUUGGGUUCGGGCCGGGCCGGGUUUUUUUGCCCAUGACAACAUCCCUACCCAUAGUACAUACAUCUUCCGUGAAAAUCUAAGUUUUGAGUCUCUAAUUCUUUGAGAAAUUGCCCCCCUUUCGAAUAAAGAUUCGACUUCAACAAAACAAAAGGAGAGGUUUAUUUCAUGCUUUACAGAAAGAGAAACCUUGGAUACCACUCAACUAGAAAUGCUUAUUUUCUGGUCUAUACGACCCUUUGUGCCAUUUCGUUUUCUCAAAAUCUUACUAUUAAACUAUAUUUCGUUUUAUCCUAUGGCAAUAUAAUCUGACACUUUCCGUACUUUAAUUCGUUAAAAUUCCCGUAAAUUUAGGGCCAAUCUCCGACAAAGAAAUUCACGAGAAAUUUUAAUUUUAAAACCGGAUUCAGACAAAAAGCACAAGAGUCGAGAGACACUGUUGUUAGUCGACCUGCUGUAAUAAAUAAAAACAUUUUGCAAUCGAUAGGCCGUUUGCUUGUUCACGGGAUUGUUACUUUAAAAACGGCACCGUCUCUUCAUGAAUCGUAUACUUUGCACUACAAUAUUUUCUCAUAUAAAUACCAGCCUUCGUUCACUUCACGGGAUGGACUUUGUACCUUGCUGAAACUUUCUCCAAAAGCACAAAUUAAUGGCUUCACAAAGAACCGCUGUGUUUCCGACACCUCUGGUCUCAUUCGUGAUCGUAUUCAUUAUCUUAGAAGCGACGACGACGGUAGACGCUAGAGAAUUACGACCGGCGGAUCACGGACUAGAGUACUACUACGAGCCAAGCGAAUCAUCAUCGGAAAUGACGUCCUUCUUUGGACCCCCUUCUUGGAACGAGCUAGAUUCGACACCAUCAUCGUCGUCACCUUCUGGCUCGAUAUUGCCUAGUGCGGUGAAAUCUCCAGUAGUGACGUCGGCACCAAAAGACCGGGGAGAUGAUGGUCACCUGAUGAAUCACGUGCUGGUUGUGGGGAGCUUCGUGUGUGGAGUCACCGGUGUGGCUUUGAUGGUGGCUUCUGCUCUCAUUUAUUUUCGUCCAAAAUUACAAAAUUCGUCUGUUACUUGUGAUCAGAUUCAUAAUGAUACCAAGUAGGCGAGUUCAUUAUUUCUAAAAUUGUUUCUCAAAAAAUAAUGAUGCGUUUGUCUACAUACUAAUGUGAAUCGUUAUUGAUGUAGAAAGCAAACAUCUUUAUUAGACCAUGAUUAAUGGAAGAUUUUUAGGGUGGGGUUCUUAGUAGAA